AAGAAAUCAAGUAUCUCCCUCUCCCGGCUAAUGGCUUUAUAAAUUCAGACUUUAAACAAAAGAAAAAAAAAAAAAGAAAAAAAAAGAAAGAAACCUAAUUCUCAAGCUUCCUACUUAGCACUGCCUCGCUGUUGAUGAUUUGUGCGGCUGUGUGUGCGUGCGCGUUUGAGAAAUGGAGAGAUAGGCUUAAAGUAUUUUCCAUUUCAUCAAAGAGCAUAUAUUACUUUCCCGGUUCGCUCCGGCGUUUGGUUUUAUGCCCACCCCUUUUCCAUCUGCCCAUGUCUGAGAUGCACAGUGCAGGCGUACAAUCAUGAGCAGCUUACGACACUCAGUGAACACUAGGUGCCUCUGCAUGCUCUACCAACAUACUGCUCGGCUGAAGGGAAGGGAUUCUUGCUGUCUCUCUGCUCUAAGCAUCACCUAACAAGCAAAGCGAACAAAGAAUGGGAAAUAAAGCUACCCUUAGCCGGUCAGUGAAUGCAUGGUAAUCUCUCUAUGGAGUAAAGGUUGUGCCGGUCAAUGGUCGUUGCAAAUGAUGGACAUUAAACAGAUUGCCAAAUCCUGUGGAGUCGUUAGUAAAGAGUUUGGAGUUUUUUUCACGCCACAGUGUUAACUGCAGAGAAAAGGACAGAGGGAGAAGGAGAAGAUCAAGCUCAUGCACAUAGUUCUGAAACUUGCAGGUCCUAGGAGUCAGCUAAAAAGCUAGCUGGACAAGCCUUGAGCUCUUUGAGCAGAAGCGAAGUGAGACAUUGUGAGCUUGCCAGCCUUGCACAGCACUGAAAGGGACUGAAUUUGUAGCACAGAGGGGUCUUUUUUAGCUCUGCAUAUAAUUAGUCCAAACACAAAGGAAGCAACUGAAUGGAGGUUGUCACUCUCUGGAAAAGGGUGGCCCCCGGGGUUGAUAUUGUGUACGCUGGGUAUCUUUUCUAAAAUGCUUCCAGCCGUGAAUAGUGGGUGUCCACAGCUAUGUCGGUGUGAGGGCAGGCUUUUGUACUGUGAAUCACUGAAUCUCACAGAGAUGCCUCGCAACCUGUCGGGCAUGAUGGGCUUGUCUCUGCGGUACAACAGCCUUUCAGAGCUGCAUGACGGACAGUUCACAGGGUUAAUGCAGCUCACGUGGCUCUAUCUGGAUCACAAUCACAUUUGCUCAGUGGAGGGGAAUGCCUUUCAAAAAUUGCGGCGAGUGAAAGAGCUCACCCUGAGUUCCAACAAAAUAACCCAACUGCCCAACACCACGUUCCGACCCAUGCCAAACUUGCGCAGUGUGGAUUUAUCGUACAACAACAUCCAGGCGCUGGAGCCCGACCUGUUUCACGGGCUGAGAAAACUCACGACAUUGCACAUGCGGUCGAACGCCAUCAAGUUCGUGCCGGUGAGAAUUUUUCAGGACUGUCGCAGCCUGAAGUUUCUAGACAUAGGAUACAAUCAGUUAAAGAGCCUGGCUCGAAACUCUUUUGCAGGCUUGUUCAAACUCACCGAGCUGCACCUUGAGCACAAUGACUUGGUGAAGGUGAAUUUAGCCCACUUUCCCAGGCUCAUCUCCCUGCACUCGCUCUGCUUGCGGCGGAAUAAAGUUACCAUCGUCGUCAACACUUUGGAUUGGAUAUGGCAACUGGAAAAGCUGGAUCUCUCUGGCAACGAAAUCGAGUACAUCGAACCUCAUGUCUUCGAAAGCGUGCCUCACCUCAAGUCCCUGCAGCUGGACUCCAACCGGCUGACCUACAUCGACUCCCGCAUCCUGGACUCCUGGAAGUCCCUCACUAGCAUCAGCCUCUCCGCCAACACCUGGGACUGCGGCCGCAACGUCUGCGCCCUGGCCUCCUGGCUGAGCAACUUCAAGGGCCGCUACGACAGCAACCUGCUCUGUGCCACCCCCGAGUACGCGCAGGGCGAGGACGUUUUGGAUGCCGUGUACGCUUUCCACUUAUGCGAGGAUGCGGCGGACCCCACGAGCGUCAACACCCUCUCCCCCGUGACCAACAACAGCGACCAAAUGUUCGGCUAUGGCUUGGCCACCGCCACGUCCAACGUGCCGGAUGCCGACGAGGAGCCGACGACGUACGCCAUCACCGUGACGCUGCCCGGCGAGAGCGCUGAGAAUGCCGUGCAGAUUCACAAGGUGGUGACGGGGACCAUGGCGCUGAUUUUCAGCUUCCUCAUUGUGGUUUUAGUGUUGUACGUCUCCUGGAAGUGCUUUCCUGCCAGCAUCAGGCAGCUAAGACAGUGCUUUGUGACACAGCGCAGGAAGCAGAAGCAGAAACAGACCAUGCAUCAAAUGGCUGCCAUGUCAGCCCAGGAGUAUUACGUUGAUUACAAACCCAACCACAUCGAGGGAGCCCUGGUGAUCAUUAACGAGUACGGAUCUUGCUCCUGUCACCAGCAGCCAGCGAGGGAGUGCGAGGUGUGAUUUGCCUUGGGGAUUUAAACAGUGUGCAACCAAAUAGCGGCGUGCAGGCAGAGAGCGGAGCGGGGGGUUUGCUGGGCUUUGCUGAGGAUUUCACAGGCACUCCUCUGCCGAAAUCGCAGGAGGAGCUGCCGGCAGGACUUGAUAUUUUAGCUUUAUCGUGUCUUAAAAUCUUCAGGACAGCCAAUCUUAAGAUUUCCUAUGCUAAUACUCCCUUUGAAGAUCUGUCAAUAUUCAGGAAACUGAGAGUGUAAAAAGGUACCGAUUAUUGAUCUUUUGUAAACUAAGGAAAAUGUUUAAAAUAAAAAAAAAUAGCAUUUACAGUUUUUACAGACUGGUGUAUAUUACAUAAAUUGUUCCCUGUAUACAAAAUGCAACAGUUUAACCUCUUUUCUCUUCAUUCUGAGUGUUGAAAUGAAAGUCUGGAAGCAACGAAGCCACGUUAAAAAUAGACAGAUGAAAAUUAACCCGAUGGCUUCCCAUUGUAAUUAUUACACAUUCACGUACAUGAUGUUACUGGCGGUAUGAAGCAUGACACUGGAACUCUAUUUUUGUUAAUGUGCUACCUGUAACUGGAUGUCAGCACAGCAAGGAGCUGGUGCACCUCAGAGAGGCUCAAGUUUUGCCCGUGUCCCCGGGACAGGAUUUCUGAGGCUUUUUAAGCACAGCUCACUUGUAAGUUGCUGUAAGAUCCCUAAAAAACUGCAUCGUAACCCCUAAAAGUAUUUUGUAUCACAACUGAUCAUAUUGCAAAGUCUCUUUGAAAAAAAAAAUAAUAAUGACAAAACUCAAACAACUGAAACACUGCCGAAAAAGUACUAGUCAUCAUUUUGUUUAAGACCAAAAAAAAAGAUGGAAAAACCUAAAUUAAAGGGCUUUUACUAGCUUUUCCCACUUUUAUGCUUGUUCUGAGACAUGCCAAGAGCAGAGAAACCCUUGCUUUGUGCACUGUAGAGCCACGAUGAGAGGAGGGGAGCAGAAGGGGCUCAGUUCUCAGUGGUGCAACCUGUGUGUGCCGGGCGUGCAAAACCUCGGCUGCCACGCUGCGAGGGGGACAGAGCCAUCCGCGCACACUUCUGGGCUCUUGAGCAAAGCCACCCUGUGCCCCUCACUGCCAUCACCAGCCUCCGCUAAUAAAACCACCCCGAAACCUCUGCAGAGGCUGAGAGCAUAGGCACCCUCCCUCCUAAUGAUCGAAAAGACGGAAUUCAUGGUUACGAGCAGUCAUUUGGUAAUGUAGAAUCACACGGCUGUUUUAUUCUGAUUGCCCUUAAAUAAAGGCUUCCUUUCCUCGUAUUUCGGGUUUUUCAUUCCGGUAUGUGAACAACCUACUGCUUGAUCUUUGGAACAACUCCUCUCAUACUAAUGAAGACAGGGCAGUUUUAUAACAGCAGGCAGAGCACCCUGAAUUUUUCUUCAUAUAGCACAACAUGCUAGCAAAACGUAAAGUAAAAUCAAGA